AGAAAACAAAGAAACUUUUGCUUCUGAACCAGAAGAUGGCACCCGCAGCAGAUAUCGAGGAUGAGAUCAAGGACGAGAAGAACCCUCCGCCUCUUGAUGAAGAUGAUAUUGCUCUUCUCAAGACUUAUGAUUGGGCUUGUAUAUGAAGCUUCUGAAGGGCUUGGACCCCUUCACCUCUGAAAAGCUAUUGAGCAUCAGCAGAAUAUCUGUAGCUAGAAAGCGAUUUUUUGGUCCUUGUUUGAUGUUUUCAGAUUUAUAACAGUUCUGAGCCAUUGUAUUACUUCCUUCGUUCCAUCAAUUGUAGCUAAUGUGGCACUUAUUCUGCUUGUUUCUGGGAGCUGGGACAGGAAGGAAAGUGGAAAGUUUAUGUAUCUGUGAUCUGUGUUAGCGGUCUUUUGUUGAGUGCAAAUAAGUUUCGUUUUGACAGGAAGCUGGGGGUGAACUGUGGCGGAUCUAAGUAGGGUCAAGGGGUACUGAACCCCCUUUGUCUAGAAAUUACACUGUGCAAAUGGGGGUUUGGGGCCUUAUUCUACAAGCAUAAAGAAGGCUGAGAAGGAAAUCAAGGAAAUGGCAAAAAAGAUAAAUGAUUUAUGUGGUAUUAAGGAAUCUGACACUGGGCUAGCUGCACCAAGUCAAUGGGAUCUAGUUUCUGAUAAACAGAUGAUGCAGGAGGAGCAACCUCUUCAGGUGGCGAGGUGUACAAAGAUAAUUAGCCCCAACACUGAAGAUGCAAAAUAUGUUAUAAAUGUCAAGCAAAUUGCGAAGUUUGUUGUUGGAUUGGGUGAUAAAGUUUCACCAACUGAUAUAGAAGAAGGCAUGCGAGUCGGUGUUGAUCGGAAUAAAUAUCAAAUUCAGAUUCCGUUGCCCCCCAAAAUUGAUCCUAGUGUCACAAUGAUGACUGUCGAGGAAAAACCUGAUGUGACAUAUAAUGAUGUUGGAGGAUGCAAGGAGCAAAUUGAAAAGAUGCGAGAGGUUGUUGAGCUUCCCAUGCUUCACCCUGAAAAAUUUGUCAAACUUGGAAUUGAUCCCCCUAAGGGUGUUCUCUGCUAUGGUCCUCCUGGUACUGGGAAGACACUGCUUGCCAGAGCAGUUGCCAAUCGUACUGAUGCAUGCUUCAUUCGCGUCAUUGGUAGUGAGCUUGUUCAGAAAUAUGUUGGUGAGGGGGCUAGAAUGGUUCGUGAAUUGUUCCAGAUGGCACGCUCCAAGAAGGCCUGCAUUGUGUUUUUCGAUGAAGUAGAUGCCAUUGGAGGUGCACGAUUUGAUGAUGGUGUGGGGGGAGACAAUGAGGUUCAACGAACCAUGCUCGAAAUUGUGAACCAGCUUGAUGGUUUUGAUGCUCGAGGGAAUAUUAAAGUUCUCAUGGCAACCAAUAGACCUGAUACACUUGAUCCAGCUUUAUUACGUCCUGGACGAUUGGAUCGCAAAGUUGAAUUUGGUCUGCCUGAUCUGGAGAGUAGGACACAGAUAUUUAAGAUUCAUACACGCACAAUGAACUGUGAGCGGGAUAUUCGGUUUGAACUGUUGGCCCGUCUCUGUCCUAACUCUACAGGAGCUGACAUUAGAAGCGUGUGCACGGAGGCUGGAAUGUAUGCUAUUCGAGCGAGAAGGAAAACUGUUACGGAGAAAGACUUUUUAGAUGCUGUCAAUAAGGUCAUUAAAGGGUAUCAGAAGUUCAGUGCAACACCGAAGUACAUGGUCUAUAAUUGAUUGAGCCUCGUUUUGGCUCUUGAAGAAGGAAACAUGGGCAAUGAACAGGAACAAGGAGCUUUCAUUUGACCAUGAAAAUUAUGAAUUUCUGGCUGCUCGUUUUUUACUGCCUGGAAGAUGCAGGAUUUGCUGCUCUUGUGCAAUGUAAUGUCUGAUGAUCUGUUGUCGGUACCAAAACUAGUAACUCAAUUUCUCUGUUAAUUCUUUGUUUCAGCUUCUCAAUUUCAGUUCCUGCUUGCAUUCCUAGAUUUGUAAUGUGCUAUAUUCUGUUUCGGUUCCCGAUUUUACACGUUUUAAAGAGGUCCAUUCAGUUUUUGUUCUA